UUGUGACUUCCAUGUCUCUGAUGUUUCCCACUUCCCUUCUUCCCCAGCAGACAGGAGAGGAGCAUGAGGAGGGAAAACCAGAGCAGUGUGUCCGAGUUCCUCCUCCUGGGGCUCCCCAUCCAGCCAGAGCAGCAGGGCUUGUACUUUGUCCUGUUCCUGGGCAUGUACCUAACCACCAUGCUGGGGAACCUGCUCAUCAUCCUGCUCAUCAGGCUGGACCCUCACCUCCACACCCCCAUGUACUUCUUCCUCAGCCACCUGGCCUUCUCUGACAUUUCCUUUUCAUCAGUCACUGUCCCUAAGAUGCUGAUGAACAUGCAGACACAGGAUCAAUCCAUUCCCUAUGCAGAGUGUGUAACACAGACAUAUUUUUUCAUACUUUUUGGUUGCAUUGAUAACCUUCUUCUUGCAGUGAUGGCCUAUGACAGAUAUGUGGCUAUUUGUUACCCUCUACAUUAUGCCAUCAUCAUAAGGAAAGAGCUGUGUCUAUGUCUAUUGUCUGGAUCCUGGAUCCUCUCCUGUGCCUAUGCCCUGACCAACACACUUCUCUUGGUUCAACUGUCCUUCUGUGCUGACAAUAUCAUCCCCCAUUUCUUCUGUGACCCUGCUGCCCUGUUCAUGCUGUCCUGCUCAGACACCUCUCUCAAUGAGCUCAUCAUAUUCACUGCAGGGGCUGUGGUUGUCAUACUUCCAUUGAGUGGAAUCCUUGUCUCUUAUGGUCACAUUGGUCUCUGCAUCUUGAGGGUCCCCUCUACUAAAGGGAUCUGCAGAGCCUUGUCCACCUGUGGCUCCCACCUCUCUGUGGUGUCUCUAUUCUAUGGGACAAUUAUAUCUCUGUACCUUUCCUCCUCAUCAGGCCAGUCAAAUGACAAAAACAUCAUUGCUUCCAUGAUGUACACAGUGGUCACCCCCAUGCUGAACCCUUUCAUCUACAGCCUGAGAAACAGAGACAUGACACUGGCUCUGGGGAGACUUUUCAGAUGAAAUAAUCUUUUCACCAAGUGAAAAUCACCUAACCAUGUGCUUAUUUACUCAUUGCCAUUGUCAGAAAAGCCUUGUGUGUUUGUCACCCAUGUCUCUAGGAAUUUUCCUCAUUGUCCUUAAAAUGGUCAUUUGUUUAUUGGAUCAAUCUCUUUCCCAUUAGUCAUUUCUCUUAUCCAUUUAUUAUUCCAUAACCCUAAAUGUGGCAUUGCCCACAACACACAUUCAGCUUGUGGUAUUCAAAACACCAAACUCCUUUGUGUAUAUGUAAGUGUGUUUAAAUUUUGUU